AUGACCCGCAGCUCUUCUUACACGGGAGACGCCGCUCUGGCAAGGGCAAGGGGGGCAAGGGCGCGGGUGGGGCUAGCGGGGGUGGUGGAGGUGGCGGUGGGGGCGGAGGGGGGAGUGGGGGUGGCGGUGGGAGUGGUGGCGGGGUUGGAGGUGGCGGUGGCAGCGGCGGAGGCGGAGGCGGCGGUGGCGGUAGCGGUGGGAGCGGAGGCGGCGGUGGCGGCGGAGGUGGAGGCGGCGGUGGUGGAGGAGGUGGAGCUGGUCGGGGUGGUACUUCUCAAAGGAGCGGCUCCGGGAGUGGUGUGUCCCAGGUAG